AUGAUUUCAGACGACCAACCAACCGAACUCGCAUGUUUUGAUGUGACCAAGGAGCGAGAAUUCUACAGAUAUCUCCCACGCGGCCACGCCUCCUUCCCCUUUGCUCCCUUUGACGACUCGAGCCGCAACUCCUUCAUCCCCACCCCAUCGACCGACAAUGUCCUGACAUCGCUGGCCCAGCUCGGUGCCAUGAGGCUCGGCGCUGAGAGGGCCAUCAUUUCACUUUUUGGACCUACCCAUCAAUAUAUCCUCGCCGAAGCCACGGGAUCGCCCACCGGCGACGAAAUCCGCCUAGGAUGCUGUGUGUUGCCGAUAGGCAGUGGUGUCUGCAUCGAGGUGGCAGAACUGCCGCUUUCCGAGCCUUCGGACGACCCGGCCAUCGUUAACGGCGCCCUUGUUAUCUCGGAUGCCAAAGACAGUCGGUACAUAAAGCAGCACAGUCUCGUCAACAGGCUUCUCAAUGCCCAGUUCUGCGCUGUGGUGCCCAUAACGACUCCUCGCGGAAGCACCAUAGGAUCGUUUGGCAUCUUUGAUGCGCAGCCUCGCCCUUCAGGGAUUGACGACUCGUCGAUCGAAUACAUGAAGCGGAUGGCGGCGACGGUCAUGGAACACUUGGACACCCUGCAGUCACAACACCAGAACAGACAGGCCCAGCGAAUGAUCUACGGGCUAGGAAGCUUUGUGGAAGGCAAGACCACGCUCCGUGAUUCAUGGCUCGAAUCACAGGACCAGGAGGCUGCGACCGGACGAACGGGUGAGAUGGUCGAGGGGCAGUUGAACAAGGAGCAACAACAGCUUCAAGAAACAGAAAAGCACUCGCGGCCGCUUCCCUAUCGCCCAGCGAAGAAGAAAAGGGAUCCAGAAAGCCAUGGACACGAGAAGACCAACCGAACUCACAAGGCAACGUUUCGAGCGUCUGACUCUGGAGAUAACUUGGCCGAGGAUAGCACGCCAGCAUCCUUCCAGCGAAUCUUCUCUCGAGCGGCAAACUUGAUCCGUGAGUCUAUAGAAGUGGAGGGAGUCGUUUUUCUGGACGCACGGAUCGAGUCGUUUGGCGGCCUCGUAGGGUACGAACCCACGGCGGAGAGAACGAGGUCGAGCAGCGAGGACAGCACCGACUCGGGAAGCGGCGACAGCUCAUCGACCCCCGCGCCUUCCCCUCCAGACCCCAACGAAGGCAUAACCAUCACCACCUGCCGAAUCCUAGGCUCAUCCACGACACAGUCUUCGACAAUCAACAAUCGCAAGGACCACGCUCAACGCGUGGCCCCCAAUGCCUAUGCUGUUCGAGAGGAUGUGCUCAAAGCAAUAAUGAAUCGGUAUCCCCACGGCAAGAUCUUCAACUACAACCAGGACGGCUCGUUAUCCGACGACAGUAGCGCCAGCGCGGGAACACAGGGCACUCAGAGCACACAGGGGACGGAGGGUAGCGGGAGAAGGCAAAGGCGGAAACACCGACAGGAUGCCCGCGAUCUCAACAAAGCGCUCGGUGGUGCCCGCAGUAUCAUCUUCCUUCCUCUUUGGGACUCGCACAACUCGAGAUGGCUGUCUGGUCUGCUUGUCUGGACGAAUACGCCCAAGCGUGUCUUUAGCGCAGAGGACGAGCUCGCCUAUCUUCGCGCGUUUGGCAAUAGCGUCAUGGCCGAGGUACAUCGACUUGACGUGGAGAUGGCCGAAAAGGCCAAGACGGACCUCGUCACCAGUAUUUCUCACGAGCUGCGCAGUCCCCUACAUGGUAUUCUUGGAACGGCCGACAUCUUGAGCGACACGGCCAUGAACGCGCUGCAACAAGGGAUGGUCCAUACGAUCGAGUCUUGUGGUCGCACAUUGCUCGAUACAAUCAACCAUCUGCUAGACUUUACCUAUAUCGACAAGUUCAAGCAAGAUCCUAAGUUGAAGAAGCGGCACCGGCGAAGCACUGGCGAUGGAGAUUCUCACGGCGGAUCAAAGCUCGAGCGAAGCCCCCCGAGCAGCAGUGAGAACAUCUUCGAGGACGUACAGUUAGACUCUGUGCUUGAGGAGGUCGUGGAAAGCGUCUUUGCUGGCCACAGUUUCUACCAUCACCCUCGUGCUCAGCAUCGAAAUUCUAGCACUGCCAACACCCCCCACGCUGUCCAUCGGCCAAAGGAGGUGACCAUCAUCUUUGACAUCCAAGAAGCUCCGGAAUGGAAAUUUUUCACCCAAGUUGGGUGCUGGCGUCGUAUCUUGAUGAACAUUUUCAGCAAUGCGCUCAAGUACACCGCUCAAGGUUAUAUUUACUUGCGGCUAGCGGCGACCGAGUCCCCUCAUCGGGAAAGUAAUGACUCCAACGAGUCUCCUGAGCCUAAUGACCAGUGGGUCGUCACUCUAACUGUCAAGGACACCGGGCAGGGCAUUGGUACAAAGUUCCUAAGAAAUAGGCUCUUUACAGCCUUCUCGCAAGAGGAUACGCUGGCUCCCGGUAGUGGACUUGGCUUGAGCAUUGUGCAGAAAGCGCUUCGCUCACUCAAGGGAUCUAUCGAGGUCAGCUCUGAAAAGGACAAAGGCACCGAGAUAUCUAUCGAGGUCCCCGUCAGGCUCGCUUCCCUGCCAGAUGGCUCCGAUGGGUCGUCUUCGAAUGCGGCGUAUGGUAUGAUACGGAAGGAAGCGUACGGAAAAACCAUUGGCCUGUUGGGCUUUGGCUCAUCGCUCGAGUCGGAACGCGAUGUCACACUGUUCGAAUCGCUCAAGCGGGUGUGUGAGGACUGGUUUCACUUUACGGUCAAGUCCGUGUCUCUCCAUGGCGACCAUGAUCCGUGCGAUUUCUACUUGAUGGUUCACACCGACCUUGAUGGACCGGAUGCGCGAGGCAACCAGCAAUUCAACGUCGAUCAGCUGGACGGGCUCUCUCCACUCAUCGUCAUUUGCCAAUCACCGGAAGCCGCACACAAGAUGUUCGCGCAGAGCAUGACAAAGAAGCACGAGCGUACAUCGAUUGUCGAAUUCAUCAGCCAACCUUGUGGGCCGCGGAAACUAGCAAAGACGCUGGAGCUGUGCAUCAGGCAGCAACAUGGCGAGGGCACUCACGGAGAGGAGGAAACUCGAUGGGUUGAAAUACCGGAGUCGUCACAUCUUCCUCUUGAUAUCGACACUAGAGACGCGCCGGCCGACAGGAUGAAGAUCAGCAAGCGGCCUACGUUGGAUAAGUUGGAUAGCCAGGAUAGCCAGGAACUUGACGGCUCAGCUAGCAACUCACGCCGCGAAAGCCACGCAACGCCGGAGAGUGAAGUUCCUCCGGAACCGACCACGCCUUGCGCGUUACUGGUGGAAGACAAUCCGGUGAACUUGAAGAUCCUCGUCGCGUAUGUGACAAAGGAAGGCUGGGAUUGCGAGACAGCAAGGAAUGGACUGGAAGCCGUUGAGAGGUUCCGUGAGAAUCCCGGAAAGUUCAUCCUGGUCCUUAUCGACAUUUCCAUGCCCAUCAUGAACGGCUUCGAAGCCAGUCGAACAAUCCGCCAAGAGGAGCGGAGAUACUUUGACGAGCAUCCUUCUUCGAAGCCACGCUGGUUCCCAACCAAGAUCACGGCCCUGACCGGACUGGACAGUGAAGCUGCGCAAAAGGAGGCGUUUGCAUCUGGAAUUGAUACCUUUUUGACGAAACCGAUCAAGCGGCAGGAUAUACGAUCUCUGCUUGAGCAAUGUCAGUCAUGA